AUGUCUCGAUAUGGCUACACGAGGGUCUCGAACAGGGUGAGUGGUGGUACUGGCUGGGAUCACGACUACCACUCUACGCAUGGGCGUGGCGGCGGCCGUUGUACCAGUUUUACUACUAUGUCCAAGGUCACAUCACGAAAGACCUUUGACCGGCGCGCUUCCAAAAUGGGAGUCCACAUCUACCAGCAACCAACACGGGAGAGCGACCUCGGACAGUCUUCCGCGACGGCAUCAGAGAAAGAUGAAGCUGCAGUCCAAGUUGAAAAUGGCGACAUCGACCCACCAAGGAACAACGAAAACGUGGUUCACAAAGAAGAGUUCUAUGCGGGAAACAGCAUCUACGCGAAACUGCACCGAAUAACGGGGCGAUGGGGCGUCGAAGAGCGAGGAAUCGAGCGGUUGCCGAGCGAUGAGAGGGAUGCGAGGAAGCCGAUGACUGUUGGUAUCACGUGGUUUUCCAUUAACAUGACCUUCGUUUCUCUCACUUUGGGGGUCCUGCCCGUUGCUGCCUACGGACUGGGUUUCGUCGAUGCGGCUAUACUGAUUAUAGCAUUCAACUUCCUGGGGAGCUUACCUGUUGCUCUCUUCUCGAGUCUUGGUCCGGUGUUUGGGUUGAGACAGAUCCCGUUGUCGAGGUUUUACUUUGGUUAUCAUGGGGCCAAACUUGCCGCCCUCAUAAACUUGGCAGUCUGCGUCGCCUCCUCCGCCAUCAACGCCGUCGUUGGCGCCCAGCUCUUCCACGCCAUCCAACCCAAAAUGCCCGGCUGGGCCGGCAUCCUCAUCGUUUCCCUGACUACCCUCGUCAUCUGCACCAUGGGCCACCGCUUCGUCCACACCUAUGAGCGAUACAGCUGGCUUCCCUGCUUCGUCGUGCUCCUCAUUGUGUUAGGAGUCUUUGCUCGUUCGGGAAACUUCGACCCUUUACUCCCCCUUGGCACGGGCACCGCCGAAGCGUCCGGAGUCCUCUCCUUCGCUGCCUCUGUCUACACCUUCACCGCGGGCUGGGCGGCAUACGCGGCCGAUUACAGCAUCUACCAACCGGCUGACCCCAAACCGAGCGCGGCAAUCUUCUGGUGGACCUUUGCCGGUAACUUUUUCCCGACCGUGUUCACCGAGCUGCUGGGCGCGGCCGUGAUGACAGCUACCGUGCACCGGCCCGAUUUUCAGGAGGCGUACGACGAGGCCGGACUAGGUGGCGUGUUCAGCCACGUCCUCAUCCCGCACGUCGGCAAAGGGUUCGGGACCUUUUGCAUCGUUUUGCUCGCUUUGUCUAUAAUUGGGACCAAUAUUGCAACCGUCUACUCCGUCUCCAUGUCCGUGCAAACCCUGGGCCGGAAGACACAGCGCGUGCCGCGCUUUCUGUGGACGCUCAUCUCUACAGUGGGAUACACGGCCUUUGCGAUCCCAGCGUAUGCAGAGUUUUCGACGUACCUGGAGAAUCUGCUGUUGGCGAUGUCGUACUGGAUCUCGAUCUACUUGGGGAUUUCCUUGACGGAGCAUUAUAUGUUUAGGAGGGGGGUGAGGGGGUACAAGCCGGAGGAUUAUACGGAUGCGAAGAGGUUGCCGCCUGGGUAUGCGGCGAUUGCAUCAUUUUGCGUAGGAGCGGUAGGCGUGGCGAUGGGCAUUGCGCAGGAGUGGUAUAGAGGACCGGUGAUCAAGGCGGUGGGGGAGGAGUUUAUGGGCGAUUUGGGAUGUGUAUUUGGGUUUCUGUUUACGACUGUUUCGUAUAUGGUGUUGAGGACUAUGGAAAAGCGGUAUUUAGAGCGUUGA